AUGAGUGAAAACAUUAUCAGGCCUAAAUUUCCACCCACCUUAACAACGGACGUUAUCCUCGAAAGAUUACGUAAAUCCAAAAAACCUCACCCAAAAAUAAACGCUUAUUUUGUGUAUAGAAUGGAGUAUCAUCGUAACAAUAUUAAAAUACCUAUGAUCAAAAUAUCCUCGAUCACAAGUAUUUCUUGGAAAGAAGAAUCUGUCGAAACAAAAGCCUUUUAUAAAAAACUUGCAGAUGAUGCUAAAUCUUUAUAUAAACCAAAAGAUUUAUACUUUGUAGAGGACAAACAUAUGAAGAAGAUUAAAAGUAAUCAAGAAAGCGGAAAAGUUUUACCUUCGCGGGCGACAGGUGUAGCAGACUCCGACUAUGUCGAUCAAACCGUCCAAACCAGCGCUCCUUUUGUAGAGAAUAGUGGUCUUCUUAUUGAAAUUUCCCCCAAAUUUUAUGAACAUUCAGGGACGAGUUCAGCUGAUAUAGAAUUAUUUGGCAUGCUUGAUUCGUAG